ACCCGCCCUCGCCGACGCUCGCGAAUGAGAAAAACCAAAACAAUGUGGCGACGAAGAUGCUAAGUAGACAGCUGAUGCUGUGAACAAAUAAGAAAAAAAUGAACGUGUAUUUCAUGUGAUAUCACCGCGGUUAGCUAUAUAAACAACGCUGAAAGCGCCCAAAUCAUGGCUACCGUAGAUUCUCUCAUGAGUUUGUGUGCGUUCAGUGUUGCUCAGCGACCUGAGAGGUAUGAUGAGAUCAGGAUGUUGCCUGCUGCCGUUAAAGACAGAUUAUUGCGAAUAAUGAUGACUUAUGGCAGGGUCACCGACUCCAACAUCAGCCAGCUCGUGCACGCUGGAACUCAGACACUGGAUCUGCAGAACUGUAAGGUGUCAGACUCUGCGUUUCAGCAAAUCAACUGUCUGCAGCUGAGGACCAUACUGUUAAGAGGCUGUACAGAAAUCACAUCUGAGGGUCUAGAGGUGUUGGCCUCUCGCUGCCCCGGUCUUCAGGUGGUUGAUCUCACAGGCUGUACGGCUGUGACAGAUUCAGGGAUUCAAGCUCUGGCUCUACACUGCAAAUGUUUAGAAGUGAUUUCCCUCCGUGGCUGCACUGCUCUCACGGAUAAAGCCCUGCUGGAGCUGGGAACAAACUGCAGGAGGCUGCACAGCAUUUACUUUUCUGGGACAGAGGUAACUGAUCAAGGGGUCAUUGCAAUUGCGACUGGAGUUUGUUCACAUAACCUAAAGGAGUUACAGAUGGUGCGAUGUCGCAAUUUGACUGAUGUGGCUGUGACUGCUGUUCUUGCAAACUGUGCCAAUAUCAGAAUUUUCAAUUUCCAUGGAUGUCCCCUGAUGACAGAUAAGUCAAGGGAGGCGCUACAAAACCUUAUUGGCCCCGACAAGAUCCAACAAGUGUCUUGGACUGCGUACUGAUGUGAUGAACUGAACUGAGCUGCAGACAUCAACUUUAUUAUCAUACAUGUAAUGCACUCAUCAAACAUCCUUUUCAAAUUGACUAAAUUGUCAAUGUUUGAGGUAAAAAAAAGAUAAAAUCAAUCAUUUUUAAAGUGUUUGCAUUGUAAAUGUUAACUUACUAUAUUUUAUAUUAAGUAUAGAAUUAUGUAAGUAUGUGUUGUUUACCAACUUUUCAUUUUCAAGGUUUCAACUGGACUCUAAUAUAUAAUAAUUAAAAGUACAUGUACAAAAUUACAGUAGUCUGCUCCAGAAUAUGUCCUAUUCAACAUAUUUGCUUACAGUAAAAAGAGCAUCAUCAUAAAUCAUCAAUAUUCAUUUUUGCAAUUAAGUUAACUUUAAAAACAAAAUUGGCAGGG